GGUGUCACAGUGAUUGGUGUAACGCCGCGACGCAGAUUGUUUUUGUUGAUACUGCUCAUAGUCGAUUGCUCUUACGAAAUUUCUCUGCUCCGGUCUUUGAACUUUGAGGUACUCCAAGCAUAUGUGAUAAGCUUACAACUUGACUCAUUCUCUGGUUCGUUAGCAAGAAAUUGUGUAGCAGCCUCAAAACAUUCGGAAAGACCUGCAAGAAGCCUGCGGCGACAUGGCUCGAUAUCUGGGCGCCUUUGUUAUCAUGGGUGAGUAGAAGCCUAACUCUCUUCCUCUUUUCCUUUUCCUAAAUUCUUGAUUGUUGAUCAUAUUUUGAAUUACUCUCAUCCAGUAAUAAUAUUUUUUGUGUCUAUAUACAGUUUUCUUUAGUUUUUUUCUUUAAUAUUGAGACAACAAAAUCAGCCAAAAUGUACACAAUGCCCACGACCCGCUAAAACGUGCACGUUGUCCAGCUACGGGCCUUUUCCAAAUUACCGCUCAAAUAGAACUUUUCGUACUCCACGAGGUGAGGAGAAGUUACUGACAAAUUAAAGUACAGGUAUACUCAAUUUGUUGAUGGAACGUAAAUCGGUUCGUUUCAUCAAAUUUCACACCCAGCUCCAAGCGAGGGAAUUUCCCGGGGGGGGUACUUUAGGAAUUUCUGGGUGGGGAUGUGCCGCUGGGACCUCGGAACCCUUAACCAAUACCAGAGCUAGUUCAGCUGAAUUCUGCUACCCUAUACUAGAGUAAACAACAACCCCAAAUCCCCCUAUCCUAGAGUAGCUGUUUUCCAGAAAUUACUGAGGUCAUUAGAAAAUAGUCUAGGCAAAACAAAACCUUAUACCACAAUCCCUAGUCUAGAUAAAAUCUUCAACCAACUGAUCAGUUUCUUGAAAAAUGAUACCCUAUUCUAGACCCAAACGCUCUGAUUCAUAUGCCCUGUCCUAGAGAAAACUGCUUGAAAAAAACCAUGCCCUUCACAGUGUCACAUACCUAUAUAGCCCAUAUAUGGCAAACAAACUAAAAAACACUUGAGAUUCAGGAAUGAACAAAAAUAAUUAUUAGUCAUUCAAAAUAUUUCCCCAAUUCUGGUUGGCUAAAAGCACACGCAUAAUUCACCAUAACCAGUUACUGAUGACCAAAUUUGGAAGAAUUUUGUGUUUAACGAUGAAAUGACAUCAAUAAUGCAGCCUUCUACAGGUUAAUGCACCGUUAAACAAGAAGACCUGGAGACGAGAUUGAGUUGUUUUCGUUGUAAAAACUAAAAUAGUGGACACUUCACUCGUUUCAAGAGUAAGAACUACAGCUGGAACUAGGCAAAAUAAUGGCUAUAAGGGUGACGUCUGCUUUUUGGAGAAUAUUUGCGGAGCUGGACAAACCUAAACGUAAACUAUCGAAGAUAAACUUAACAUCGAUGCAGGUAAGCAUGUUUUAGCUGUUUUUAAACUAGGAAUUAUUUUGAAUGAAUAAUAAAACAAUUAUUGAAUUCGGCUUUCGUAUCAUAUGAAGAAUAAUUAUGGAGAUCUCGGAGGGUGUUCUCCGCCUUGGCCUACGGCCUCGACGGACAACACCCUCCUCGAUGUCCAUAAUUCUUCAUAAGAUACCCAGCCUCAUUCAUAAAUUCUUAAUUUAUUUUGUGUUUUUCCCGUAAGCCUCCUAACUAAGUAAGAAUUUUAAUAACUUGAAAGUGGCCUAUUUAGCAGACCCUUGACCCUCACCCUUCCUACUUCUUUCAAUAUUAAGCAGAUAUGUAUAUUUGUCUAAACUAUCCCUCGCUUGUUUUCUGUUGAAUGAACCUGUGUUUUGUGGACACCUCUAUUAAAUGAAAGCUUUUUCUUUGGGCAUCCGUACACCCCUCUUCCAACCCCAAAUGCCCCCUGUUCACCCCAAAUGUAGGCUACCUUCACACAACAAUGGACAAGUUUUCAAGCGGCAGAAAAUUGGUGCUUUUGGUACCCUGUUUGGCAGGCGCAAAAGGGAAGGUGAACGGGGGAGGGAGAAAAGCACGAAAGUGGGGAAAAGGGAAGGCAGUGCCUUCUAUAAGAGCUGGUGUUUUUGUAUUGCGCCCACCAUUAAUUUUUCUGAACUACUCCGACAACAUCAACUGUCAGUGCAUGACCAAUCACAAUUAGGGGGCUUCUCACCAUGGUCCGACCUUAAUUACUUUGUUUACCAGAAAUUGUCAAGUCGAGACGCUUUUUUUCAAUUGAUAUCAUAAUCGAGCGAAAUAAAACAUUUUUUACUGUUCUUGCUCCCACAGCAAACAUGACAACCAGACUACAAGCAGUCUCUCUUUUUUUACUGCUCGCAGUUGACGACAAACAAUGAUCAAUUUCGUGUGAAUACACAUGACCUUCGGUCUUACCUCAUCAAGCACAAUGGUCACAAAGAACAGAACAGUUGCCAGCAUGAGAUGCCAAUAAUGAAAGGAGAAUUAUAAACAAUAUUAUCAAAAAGCUCAACGGAUAGUUUUUACCAAAGCUUUAACUCUCUCUGUACAAACCAUUUAGAAGUUCAUUCAAGACAGUAUUUGUUUUUUCUGGAAAGGUGGUCUUGUGAAUAUUGGCAUUGCAGAUGUCGGGCAAGAAUUGCAAUCACUUUGAAUCGCUUCUUGGUGUUUGGGAAAAUCCAGUAUACAAAACUUCCUGAGCAUCUCUGCCUGCUAAACUAGCUAUUGAAGCUGGUUCUAGUUCGGGUUCUAACGUGAAGUGUAAUGCUUUAUGAUUGGAGUAAUCUUCUUCCAAAGCUUUUCCCAAUAGAACACAUUUCCUUGAUGCCUUCAUCAUGUUUGUCUCUCACACUAAUACAUGCCAGGAUACACACCAGUAAGUUACUCAUUAUGGCUUAGCCAAUCAGGAAUUUUCGCACGCCAGUGUCCGCAGUACUAAACAAAAGGCAGUUCUUAUAGCAGGCAUCCCAAACCCUCCCUCCCCAAUCCCCCUCCCUCUUUCCUUUUCUGCCUAUUCCCUACCCCUUUCGACCCCUGCUAUGCGGGCUAUGCUUUUAGGUGUUCCGUUCAUGUCUAGCCUUUCCAAAAUUUGAACACCAAAAUGAAGGUCAAAUUUUUAGCUGCAAUACUAUUAAUUUAAUUGUGUAGUUCCAGAAAAUAUCCAGACCCUCACCAUGGAGGGAAUCUCACUUAGGACCCCCCCACCCCCCUGGAUUUUCCAUUUUUGCAGGGAACUGAUGGCCCCCCUACCCCUCCGGAAUUUCCACAAGUGUGACAAAAACCCCUCAACCCCUCUGAAAAAGUUCAUUUUCAUGAAGAAAGACUAUUAAAGUAAAAGAAUGAGGCAUUUUAUGGUUAGUACGUAACGGUUUCCAUCAGAAGCUUGUAUUCUUCUGUUUCCAUUUAUUUGAGUGAUCUCGCAACAUUAAAACUCACUACACCACCACAAAGUAACCUAAUCUGCAGUUUUUGCUCAUCCCUAACUUUAAAUGAAAUAGAUAAAGUUACAAGUCGGUUGUAUUUAUGAAUUUACCUUAAUCAGGGCAAGAUUACGAUUUGUUAUUUGUCUUCAUGGGCAUAAGGUAGGCGUAAUGUUGGUAGAAUUAACGAGUCGUGCAGGAAUGCUAUAGUGGUGAACAAGUCAAACUUUCAACCCCCAAAUUAAGGCAAAACAAAGAGAAGAAUAAAAACUCUGACUUUUGAAAUCAUAACAAUGAAGACCCCCUGCAUCUUGAAGGGAAACCAAGUUCAAUUUACUGUUGUCAGAUCGACUGAUGCAACGUGCGUUAUGCGCGAUGGCCGUAAUGUUUGCUGAAAUCAACACCAUUUCAGUGAGCGAGAAUUCGAUCAUGAACAUGCCUCAUCUUCAACCACAAAAUUACGGGAAAAUGAAAAGGAAAAUAAAAACGCUACAUUUCUAAAGAGGUUAUAAUGUAUAGUUUGUACUUCGUGAAGUAAAAUUGCCACUCUACGGUUCUUCCAUUGAUCGACUGACGCAACGUGAUGUGUUGCACGCGUUGAUGUCUUAAGGGAGACUGGUAACGAGUAAUGGCGGCCGAAUAUACGAGCGUGCGAUAAGUUGUAGUUGGUCAAAUUCCUUUGAAAUUACAUCCAAAACGUUUUUGGAUGUAAGAUCAAAAGGAACAAUCUUAAAUGAUAAAUUUCAAGUUAUUUAUGUUCUAAAAAUGAUCUAACAUUUCAGUAAGAAGCAAUGUUCGAACUCAGGUUGAAAAUGAAAUGAUAUUUACCCCUGGAAAGUGAUUUUAUUGUCCAACCCCCAUCCCCUCUGGAAUUUCCUGGGCCUCUGACCCCCCCCACCCCACCCCCUUGGAAUUUCCAAUUCCCUCCGUGGUGGAGGUCUGGAUAUUUUCUGGAACCACACAUUGCAACGUGCAUGCUGUGAACACCAUAACCAUCUGAAUUUUCAUACGACAAAAGCGCGGUUCCAUGGAUGGAUGGUAACUCAGAUGUAAGAUGCUAGUUUGAUUUUCUAAAGUAGCACUCCACUUGAACAGAUGGUAAAACCACUGGAAAAAAAUUGAAAUUCAGCCUUGGCUAGUUGCAAGUCCUGUGUGAACAGAGAUAAAAUUUCGAACAGUUCGGUGUAAAUAAAGUGAUCGGUCAAAUUUUUCAGCCAGUCAAAAAUUUGUCUGAUGCUGUGUGAAUGUAGCUAUAAACUUGACAUCUGGAAUAAGUCCCUCCACUUGAUUCAAAAUCCUUGAUCAACCACUGUACUUACUGCAUUUAUGUCUGACUGUGGUCAAUAUCUAUGAUUACUCUCCAGGUUUGAUUCUGAGCAGACUAGAUGUUACCGUUGCACAGAAUAACACAACAUCAAUUCCUAUGUCAAAUUCAAGUGGCCUUAUCACCACCCCUAAAUUACCAAUUACCACGGCUCCAGCCACGGGACUGGGCCAUUUCAAUGUCUCAUGUAUCCUGUUGGACAUCUCUUGUUCUGUUAAUGUGGAUUUGCAUGUCAACAGUAAAGUAUGCUACAAAUAUUGUUGAGGUCCUAAACUAAAGGUUAAACAUAAAUUAAUACGGUAAACUGCCGCUAAAACAACUGGGCUUAUACAUCUUCAUAAAAAAUUUUAGGAGGGCUUAUACACAGAGGGUCUUAUAUCCAAGGGGGCUUAGAUCACUGGAAUGGAAAAAGUGUGGCAGUUUACGGUAUUCUUAUUAUUUAUUAUUGAUGUAGGUUAUCAGAUUGAAGGGUCAUCAUUCAAUUUAUAUUUUUUUAUUAUCAUUUUAGAUGCCUAUAACCUUUCUUAGCUUGAAACAAGGGCUUAAACAAAUCCAGGUUUCUUUUUUAAGUAAAAGAUUUAUGAUUCGAAGAAUCAAGAUCUAAAGGAUUAUUAAGACUUUUGCUUAAUGGCAGUGACAUGAAGGUGGCAGGUAGAAUUUCAGAAUAAAGGAAUAUUGUUAUUUAAUAUUAGCACAAAGCAAAAACAUCUGUAAGGGCUUCACUUGCUCACAAACUACAGCUUAAACUUUGAUGGAUAUACUGAAGACCUUAUUCAUCAUGUAGCAGUGUGGGUAGUAAUAUUAAAUCGGGAUGAAAUAUUCACAGGAUCAAAAACAUGAAAAAAGCCAAUAUUCACCCAUCUUGACAGAACAAUCUUUUUUAGUAAAGGAGUUAUUAUAUGGCCAAGAAAACUUUCUUUCUCGCACAACCGAAGUGAGAAAUCCAGAGUAGGCAAGAUAAGCCUAUCUUGUUUACACAGGUGCUAAUCAGAACACCCCAUUCAAUUUAUCUUGCUUGCUUGAGGAACCAACAUAAUCAUGAAAACUGAUAAUUACAUCAAUUUCUUUUUUAAGCAAAUCAGUUAUUUUGAAAAUGGUCUGAAUGUUUGUGGUCAUAUAUAUUUCAGGUUCAAACUGUUACUUAUGACCUGCCUUUGAAAGCCGCUGCAAGUGGAACUUGUGUUGAUCAGAAAUCAGAAAUCAAUCUUGUAUGGUCUAAAGGACCAGCAAACUUAAUGAUAUCCAUGAUACUCGCCAUUCAGAAAGAGAAAUGGACUGUCUCCAACCUGGGGUUUACUGCUAGAACUGAUAAUCAACCUCUUGUCAUCAAUGCAACAGGUACAUGUAUAGCUGAAACCUCCACUAGUGGUGACCUCUAUUUAUUAUGACAGUAACCUCUCUAGCGUGCCUGCCACUUGUUUUUGUCAGGGUGGACAGUCAAGUGAACAAUCACCCAUAUUGACUUAACCUGGCAAGUCUGGAAAGCUUAUAACAUUAAUAAAAACUGUCUGAAUGCCAUCUUGGUAACAACAACAAUAACAAACUUUAUUAGGAACACAUCAACUAUACAAUAGGGUUUUUAUGUUUAAUGUUACCCUGCGAAUAGAAAAAUCUAAUCAAGGUGGGGGGAUGCAAAAAAAGAGAAAGAAAUAUUAAUGCUAUAAGAAACAAAAGCAAAAAGCAAAAUCAAAAAGCAUAUUGAGUAUAUAAAUGAAUCACAUAAAUAAAUAUUAAAUAUGGCAGAAGAGGCCCCAAGGGGAAGCUAUGCAAUAAAGUAUGUAUGUAUGUAUGUAUGUAAAUUCUUAAUAUUUAAAGUUUUUACAGUGUAUAACACAUUAUAUAAAAGGUAUAGUAUCAUUUAGUUCAAAUGUCCAUAAAUAAAUAAAUGAAUAAAUAGAUUCAAGAACAAGAACAAUUCUUUAGUGACUCAGCUUUGCAUCUGUAAUCUGCACCACAGACAAAACUAAAUGUCUAGUCACUAGUAAGUCCGUCUGUGAAACAGCGCAGAAAUCGUUGGCUAUGCGCCAUGAUUGGCCUGUUCAAAAAAACAUUGUUGGUUUGCUAAUCAGUUGAAGGGAAAUUCAAAAUGCAUUUCUGGUAAUUCUUUGAAUCCUUUGGGGGCCCUGUGAACAAUACAUGUUUAUUCCUAUUUUGCUUUGGACGUUUUCAGAGAAAGAAGUCAGUGCUUGGCAGAAUGACACCAGCAUUCUGAAGAUGACUGCCACCAGUGGCAAGAGCUUCAAGUGUGAUCAGCAUCUAGACAUACCAUUAAAGGCUGAAAACAAAGUUAAAGUUAUGAUAAAACAGAUUCACCUGCAGCCUUUUAGUUCAGAUGCUAAAAAGGAGUUUGGUGAAGGUUAGAUUAACUCUUCAAUUCAGUGAUCAGUUUGUAAUUUCUCCAAAAAUGUCAUUGCUUAAUCAAUAGUAAAAGUCAUGAGAAGAAGAAAAGGAUCACCAAGUUAGAAAAAUGGCUUGAUUAACAAACAAAUUAUCGUAGUCAGUACCUUGAAAAUGUAUCGGUGAACAGUGUUGAGAAUAUAUGCAAGCUAAUAUAAGAGUUGUAUUUAUAAUGGUGCAGCUGCAGUUUUUUUUAACCUGCAACUCAUCUUGCAGGGUGGGGUACUUCCAUCGUGGUAAGUUCUGUAUGCUUAGGGAUGGGGUUCAGAGAAAUGUGGUGUAUCAAAAUUUCCCUCCUCCCCACCCCUCCCCCCCCAAAAAAGGAUAAUAAUAGUAAUAAUAGUAACAGUUACCAGUGCCAUACAAACGACUUAUUGACGAGAUCAAGUAAAACUAACUACGAGAGAAUGACUGGAGAACUGACAAUUUGACUAACAAUAGAUGACUGUUUAACUGCGACAAUAGACGGAUCAAAAUGCACCAAUUACUGAUUACGAGUCUUCAUAGCCAAUAACAUCACGGCUUAACUGAUAGACGACCAAUAACAUCUCGACAUAAUUUACCAAUCAGAUCAAUAACCAAUCAGAUCAAUAACCAAUAAACAAUACAACUCACUUUGACUCUGAAGAUGACUACCACACAUGUUGUCGAAACGUCAGUCACUGUCAACAACAACAGUCCUGUUCAGGACUAUGUUCACUCGGACAAUCAAACUCAACCUACUUUUGAAUAGUAAUAAUAAUAAUAGCAAUAAUAAUAAUUUCAUACAAAAUGGUACCCCCUCACUUUUUGUACAUUUUCAAAGAUUGAACCUUUCCCCCGACCCCCACCAAAAAAAUAAAUAAUAGUAAUAGUUCUUCAAUUUUUUUUUAAAUCUCCUUUGGGCUUAAAUUAGUGUCCAAACUUAGAGUUCUUAAAACCAUUAAGACGUCUAAAAGGAAGCAUUCAACAUUGUUCAGAAAAUUCAUAAGACAUAGGAUGCUUUAUGUAACUUUAUCAACCUGUUUGUGAACAAAGUGAUGAAAAACCUAACUUACCAAUUUUAUGUUUUUGCCUUUCAGCUGAUGUUUGUUCUCCAAAUGCUGGAAGAAAUCCUGCCGAACCCGUUGAUACCAUUGUGCCAACAGCGGUUGGCUGUGUAUUGGCUGGUUUGAUUGUCAUUCUUAUUAUUACUUAUAUUGUAGGCCGCUGCAGAAGGCCAGGUUAUCAGAAAAUGUGAUCAUAUUGUGUAAUAG